AUGGGCAUGCCAGGGUCAGAAACAGCCCUCGAGGAGCUCUUGUGUCGCAUACUCGGUGAUUGCCUAGAAGAUGGAAUCGCUGCAAAGCUUGCAGACGACUUGUACUGCGGUGCAGACUCGCCUGAGGAACUGCUCAUCAACUGGAAGAGGAUUCUAGACGCCCUCCAAAAGUGCAAUAUCAAGCUUUCUCCAUCCAAAACCAUUAUUUGCCCACGCAGUACCACCAUCUUAGGCUGGAUUUGGACACAGGGAUGCCUAUCCGCAAACACAGAAUUGCUACAAUGUCAUCGUGUCCGCCUCCCGAUACGGUACGGGGUCUUCGGUCUUUUAUAAGAGCCUACAAAAUUCUCGGACGUGUUUUACCACAGUGCGCACAUAUCAUUGCACCAUUAGAAAGUGCCAUUGCAGGACAAUAAUCAUGUGACAAGAUCAAGUGGUCAGAUACUCUGUCCCAACAAUUCAAGUUCGCUCAAUCCUCCCUGGCGAAUAACAAAUCUAUUACCCUUCCCAAACCAUCCGACAAACUAUGGAUAGCAACCGAUGGCUCUGUAACCAAAAGAGGAAUCGGAGCUACCCUUUCCGUAUCACGUCAUCAAACCCUCCUCCUCUCAGGAUUUUUCAGUGCCAAAUUAAGAAAGCAUCAGGUGAACUGGCUGCCAUGUGAGAUUGAAGCAUUAAGCAUCGCUGCCGCCGUGAAGCACUUUAGCCCUUUCAUAAUCCAAUCACAUCACCCCGCUUGUAUCCUCACAAAUAGCAAGCCAUGUGUUUAAGCCAUCAACAAACUGCGUCGAGGUGAAUUUUCAGCGAGCCCUCGCGUUACGUCAUUUUUAUCCAUCAUCAGCAGGUACCAAGCGGACAUACAACACUUCGCUGGCUCAGCGAACGUUCCCUCGGAUUUCGCCAGUCGAAACGCACCAGGGUGCAAUGUACCGAAAUGCCAAAUUUGUAACUUCAUUUCAACCACAGAAGAUUUCGCAGUUCGGUCCACCUCCAUCCAAGACGUACACCACCUCCCCCGCUUACCUUUUACAACCCGAUCUGCCUGGAUCCAAAUACAAUCCGAGUGUCCCGACCUACGCAGAACAAAUGCUCACCUGAAACAAAGAACACGUCCCUCUAAGAAAUUAACAAAUGUAAAGGAUGUUAAACGUUACCUAAAUUCCCUGUCCAUUGCCAAAGAUGGUAUAUUAGUGGUUCGUAAAACCGACCCUUUAUCACCCUCCACCGAGUUGAUCGUAGUACCACGCUCCGUACUUGACGGUCUUGUAACAGCCUUACAUAUAAACUCGACCACCCGUCAAAACACCAACUCCAACUGGUAAUUGAGAAGCAACUUCUUCGCACUUGACAUGCAAGCUUCCAUCGCUCGGGUGAGUGACACGUGUCACAUAUGCGCCUCCCUGAAAAAGCUCCCACCUCAAGUUGUACAGCAUAGCACGGAAGAACCAAGGUCGUUGGAGUUUCAUUUGCCGCAGAUGUCCUUAAGCGGUGUAAACAAGCUAUUAUAGUCGUUGGCGAAACAACAACAUCCUUUACCGCAACGUCUAUCAUCCACGACGAGAAAGCCAACACACUUCGUGAUGCCCUAGCUAAGUUAUGCAGCGAGCUGCACCCCCUGGAAGGUCCACCGGCCAUCAUCAGAGUAGACCCCGCCCCUGGUUUUGUUGCACUGAGAACCGACCCAACCCUUAAACGCCUCGGCUUAUCCCUAGAGAUCGCACACGUUAAAAACACUAAUAAAAACCCAGUGGCAGAGAAGGCCAUCGCUGAACUCGAAGAAGAAAUCCUCCGCCAAGCACCCAAUGGUGGUCCAAUAUCGACUGUUACCCUUGCCAUCGCAACAUCUCGACUAAAUUCCCGCCUCCGGAGAGAGGGACUCUCGGCUCGCAAGCUGUGGACACAGCGAGAUCAGUUCACUCAUGAUCAACUUCACAUAUGUGAUCGCAAAGUAAUCCAAGAGCAACAUUUACAACGAAAAAAAAACCACCCAUAUAGUGAGAAAUCGAAAAACCGAAAUAGGAAUGGGUCUGCAUCUCCUACAAUUAACAUCGGGGACUUGGUUUGUUUAGUCGCUGAGCGAGAUAAGACACAACCCCGCAGUAGAUACUUGGUCAUAUCUGUGGAAGAUCCAUGGUGUGUCAUCAAGAAAUUUUCAG